CAUCCAUCUCUAUCUAUGACAGGGGGGAGGAGCCGCCUGCUUUCCCCAUACUCUCCGCUGACAGCCCGAUCUGUGACUCUCAUCAUCACACUCCUCUCCUCCUCUAUACACCGGACACACCGGAGGAUCCACACCGGAGGACUGUACACUGACAGCACUGCACCGCCACUGCACAGACAGGAUUCCAUCAUGGCCAAAGAUAAGAAAGUUGAAGCCAAUGACAUUGAGGGGAAGGAUCAAGUUAAUGGGGAUGUCACUGUGAACAUUGCUGACCCCAACGCCAAAAGGAAAAAGAAAGGACUUUUUUCAAAAUCCAAAGACAAAGACAAAGGAAAAGAAAAAGCUGAAAAGCCGAAAAUGGUCAGCCCUUUUACCAUGUUCCGAUACUCUGGAGCCACAGACAAAUUAUUGAUGCUGCUUGGAACUUUAGCAGCCCUCAUACAUGGAGCCGCCUUACCACUCAUGAUGCUGGUGUUUGGGGAGAUGACAGACAGCUUUGUCUCUUUUGGACAAAAUAUGACAUUGGAUGAGAUCAUACAGGCUUCAGCCACACUGCAGGAUAAUAUGACAACGUAUGCCUACUACUACAGCGGAUUAGGUUUUGGUGUUCUCUUAGCCGCCUACAUUCAGAUCGCUUUCUGGACUCUGGCCGCUGGACAUCAGAUAAGGAAGAUCAGGAAGAACUUUUUCCAUGCAGUGCUGCGACAGGAGGUUGGUUGGUUUGAUGUGAACGAUGCGGGAGAGCUGAACACAAGAUUGAGCGAUGAUGUCCAAAAAAUUAAUGAAGGAAUUGGUGAAAAAAUCGCUAUGCUUAUCCAGGCCUUAACCACCUUUGUGACGGGUUUUGUUAUCGGGUUUGUGAAAGGUUGGAAGCUGACUCUGGUUAUUCUGGCCAUUAGUCCUGUCAUGGGUGUCUCAGCGGCGGUGUGGGCAAAGAUUUUGUCUGCAUUCACUAACAAAGAGCUGACGGCGUAUGCCAAAGCUGGAUCUGUGGCGGAGGAGGUUCUGGCUGCCAUUCGGACUGUCAUAGCCUUUGGUGGACAGGAAAAAGAAACGGAAAGGUAUAGAAAGAAUUUAGAAGAAGCCAAAAAGAUAGGUAUCAGGAAAGCAGUUACGGCCAAUGUGUCUAUAGGAUUCGCUUUCCUAAUGAUAUACGCGGCUUACUCUUUGGCAUUCUGGUAUGGAACCACGCUAGUCAUACAAGAACAAUAUACCAUUGGGAGCGUGCUAACAGUAUUCUUUGCAGUCAUCAUUGGAGCUUUUAGUGUCGGCCAAGCUUCACCUAAUAUUGAAGCCUUUUCCAAUGCUAGAGGAGCGGCAUAUGCAGUUUUCAAUAUUAUAGAUAAUAAACCAAAAAUAGACAGCUUCUCUCAAGCAGGAUUUAAACCAGAUAAGAUUAUUGGAGACGUUCAAUUCACAAAUGUAAUGUUUACCUAUCCAUCAAGGCCGGAUAUACAGAUUCUUAAAGGGUUGAACCUCACAGUCCCCAGUGGUAAAACAGUGGCACUUGUUGGCAGUAGUGGUUGUGGAAAGAGCACGACAGUCCAGCUCAUCCAGAGGUUUUACGAUCCGGCGGAAGGCGUGAUCACAAUAGAUGGGCAAGACAUUCGGAACUUAAACUUGAGGUACUUAAGGGAGAUUAUUGGUGUGGUCUGCCAGGAGCCGAUCCUGUUCGAUACCACCAUUGCCGAGAAUAUCCGGUAUGGGCGUGAGGAUGAGGAUGUCACAAUGGAGGAAAUCAUAAGAGCCACCCAAGAAGCCAACGCAUACCAGUUCAUCAUGAAGCUGCCAGAUUAAUUGGACACACUUGUGGGGAGAGAGGGACUUCAGCUGAGCGGAGGUCAGAAGCAGAGGAUCGCCAUCGCUCGGGCGCUGGUCCGCAAACCCCAAAAUUCUCCUUCUGAUGAAGCCACUUCCGCUUUGGACACAGAGAGUGAAGCCAAGGUGCAGGCAGCCCUGGAUAAGGCUAGAGAAGGCCGGACAACCAUUGUCAUAGCCCACCGCUUGUCCACAGUACGAAACGCUGACCUUAUUGCUGGAUUCAAUGAUGGCGUCAUUUGUGAACGAGGAACUCAUAGUGAACUGAUGAAGAUAACUAAUGGAGUUUAUUACAACCUGGUCACCAUGCAAACAUUAGAAGCGGAGAAAGGAGACGAGAAUACUUACGAGGAGAUUGACGAUGACCGCAAACCGAGCGAUACAAAGAUAACACGGAGGAAGUCCAGUCGGCAAAGCAGCUUCAAGAAACAAUCUGUGAAGGACGAGAAGAUGGCAAUUGAAGAUGAUACAGAGGAGAUUGAAAAGCUUCCACCGGUAUCGUUCUUGAAGAUUAUGAGGCUGAAUAAACCUGAAUGGCCUUACUUUGUGGUGGGAAUAAUCUGUGCGGCUAUCAAUGGUGCUACCCAGCCAGCUUUUGCCAUUAUAUUCUCCAAAAUUGUCACGGUAUUUACAUAUGAAGACCCCAAUGAAGUGAGAUCCAGAAGUAACCUGUAUUGCGUGCUGUUCCUGGUUCUUGGAGGAGUUUCCUUUAUCACAUUUUUCCUUCAGGGAUUUACAUUUGGAAAAUCGGGAGAGAUUCUGACAAUGAGACUCAGGCUGAUGACCUUCAAAGCAAUGCUAAGACAGGAAAUUGGAUGGUUUGAUGACAAAAAGAACAGCACCGGAGCCCUGACCACAAGGCUGGCUACAGACGCUUCUCAAGUUCAUGGGGCUACCGGAAGCAGGCUGGCGUUGCUGGCUCAGAACAUCGCAAACCUGGGCACUGCCACUAUAAUAUCUUUUAUUUACGGGUGGCAGUUGACUCUUCUUAUUUUGGCGAUUGUGCCGGUCAUUGCUGUCUCGGCUCUCAUUGAAAUGAAGACAUUUGCUGGCCAUGCGAAGAAGGACAAAGAGGAGCUGGAAGUUGCUGGAAAAAUUGCCACUGAUGCUGUAGAAAAUAUCCGUACUGUUGUUUCUCUAACACGGGAGAGGACCUUUGAGGCUUUGUACGAUGAGAAACUGGUGGGACCCUACAAAAAUGCCAUUAAAAAGGCUCACAUCCAUGGAGUGACAUUUGGGCUCUCUCAGGCCAUCAUGUACUUUGCUUACGCCGGGUGCUUCCGAUUUGGUGCAUGGCUUGUGGCGAAUAAUCACAUGAAUAUUGAAGAUGUAUUCUUGGUGUUCUCCGCCAUUGUGUUUGGAGCCAUGGCUUUGGGUCAGACCAGUUCCUUCGCUCCAGACUACGCCAAAGCCAAGAUAUCAGCCGCUCACAUAUUCAGCAUGGUGGAGAGAGAGCCUCUCAUAGACAGCUAUAGUACUGCUGGACACGCUCCUUCAGACUGUGAUGGAAAUAUUACAUUCCGGGGAGUCCAGUUCAAUUAUCCAACUCGACCAGAUGUGCCCGUACUCCAAGGACUGGACGUCAAUGUGACCAAGGGGCAAACCUUGGCACUAGUGGGCAGCAGUGGCUGCGGGAAGAGUACCACUGUCCAACUCUUGGAGAGAUUCUAUGAUCCAUUCAAUGGAGAUGUGUGCAUAGAUGGUUCUGAUGUGAAGGCUUUGAAUAUCCAGUGGCUGCGGGCACAGAUGGGUAUCGUAUCCCAGGAGCCAAUGCUGUUUGACUGCAGCAUAGCAGAGAACAUUGCUUAUGGCGACAACAGCCGAACGGUGUCACCAGAAGAGAUUGAACAGGCGGCCAAGGAGGCCAAUAUCCAGACCUUCAUCGAGUCUCUCCCUGAUAAAUACAACACUCGUGUUGGAGACAAGGGCACACAGCUGUCUGGAGGUCAGAAGCAGAGGAUCGCCAUAGCACGUGCCCUUAUCCGAAGGCCUAAAAUCCUGCUGCUGGAUGAGGCCACAUCUGCUCUGGACACUGAGAGCGAAAAGAUUGUACAGGAAGCUCUGGAUAAAGCUCGAGAGGGUCGCACCUGUAUAGUGAUCGCCCAUCGACUCUCCACCAUUCAGAACGCAGACAAAAUCGCUGUUAUCCAAAACGGGAAGGUCGUAGAACUGGGAACACAUCAACAACUGCUGCAGAUAAAGGGGUUCUACCACUCUUUGGUCAGUAUACAGCUGGGAUCCACAUGAGUGGAGAUAGCGUUACCCUGCCUGACAUGUCAGGAAUAGCUCGAAGUUUACUGACUUGGAUUGUAUUACGAAGCCAAAGAUCUCAUGGGGACCAGCUCUAUGGACAAUGUUCCUGCCAACCUACUGUACCAAUUCAAAUACAGAGCUCUCUCUUUGCUGCUCCAAUGCUGAACCCACCUGUUGUUGUGAACAUCAUUUUGAAGUUUGACAUUUAUUAAAAGUGAAUUCCAGUUUCCAGAAAACUUUUAUAUCUAUGCAUACGUUAUAGCUUUAUUUGUAUCUGCAUUGAAAUGUAAAAAUCAAUUCUUAGCAACUGUGUAAAUUUGCACUGGAUAAUACACGGGAGUUUCCACUGUAAGAAUACAUUGAAUUUGCUGCA